AUGGUGGUGGGAUUUUUUGAAUCAUUACCAUCUUUCGUUAAGACGUUGCCAGAAACGAAACAGUUGGAUUACGUUUUGAAUCAGUUGAAAUGGAUGGAAACAAAUUUCGAAGACAAAGAAAGUCAUCAUCGUCUACGAAAAGCUGCCAUGGAGACCGUAUUGCGGUAUUCUGUGGAAAGUAGUCCGUUUUAUAACGAUGAACGAUUGUUACACGUUUUCUGUAUUGUUGGAAAAUUAAGUCGUACAAUGGGGAUGAAGUUAGUGAUGGAAGAGUUACACAAUCGAAAACAGUUUCAUGAACUGGCAGAGUUUUACGUCAAAUGGGGCGAGAUUUUUGCAGAAGAAAAGAACAGGGAACGUUUUAACGAAGUAUGGAAUGAAGCCAUAAAAGCAAAUGCUAAACCUAUUUCAAGAGUUGAUGAAGCUUUUAGGUAA